AUGGCUGCUCAUUUCAGUGAAGGCACAUUAAAAAGCAUAUCCACGGAUUCUGCAAUGUCUCAAACCCGUUCGAAGAGACCUUUUAUUGUACUAGGCAUUCUAGUCGGAAUCUUUGCUCUUUCAACAGUUGUCUUAGCUGUUAUAUUAGCUAUGAACAAUAAAACAACAACUGAAUCAAUUGGUACAACAACUGAAGCAACUGGUACAACAACUGUUAAUAAUGAGUUAUGUGUAACUCCAUAUUGUGUUAAAGCAGCAAAUUAUUUAAUUGAAAGUCUUGAUGAAACAGUUGAGCCAUGUGAAGAUUUUUAUCAAUUUGUUUGUGGAACAUGGAUUAAAAAUAAUCGAAUACCUGAUGAUUCAAAUGUAGUAAAUACAUUCAAUCUAUUACGAACACAAUUAGACUAUAACGUAGUUGAUAUAUUAACACCAUCAUCAACUAAUGAUACAAACGAGCCUAACGCAAUAAUCAAUGCUCGUAAUUUAUAUCAUUCAUGUAUAAAUGAACAACAUAUUGAAGAUGAAGGUAUUAAUCCAAUACUUUCAUUGAUUAAUAAUGAAUUUGGUGGUUGGCCUAUUAUACAAAGUUUGUGGGAUAAUUCAACUUUCGAUAUAUUAGAUCUUCUACUUAAAUUACGAAAAUACAAUAAUAAUAUUCUAUUUGGUAUUGGUACGUCAGUUGAUGAUAGGAAUUCGACAGAAUAUGAUCUUAGAAUCAGUCAAAGUGAUCUUGGAUUAGGUCAACGAGAAUAUUAUAUGAAUGAAUCAAAAAUUACUGUGGCUUAUCGACGAUAUAUGUUUGAUUUAGCAUCAUUAUUAUCAAAUGAUACAUCAACAAUCGAACACGAUGUGAAUGAUAUGUAUGAAUUUGAAAAAGAAAUUGCAAAACAUUAUUGGACAACUGUUGAACAGCGACACCGACCAAAUGCAACAAUUCGUACAACUGUUGGAAAAUUACAACAACUAUUAAAUACAACUUUUGACUUCACUAAUUAUUUAACUUCAGCUUAUGCAUCAGCUAAUGUAACUCUCAUGGAUAGUGAUCUUGUCAUUGUUGGAGAAAUCGAUUAUUUAUAUAAUGUUUCAUCAAUUAUUGAACAAGUGUCACCACGUACAUUACAAAAUUAUGUUAUAUGGCGAUUUAUGAUGCAUCGAAUUGACACUUUACCGAAACGAUUUCGAACCAUUAAAGACAAUUUUGAUCACGUAUUCCGUGGCACUACUACUGAACGAGCACGCACAGUUAUUUGUGGAAAUUAUGUAAAUACUUUUAUGGGAUUCGCAGUAUCAAAACUUUAUAUAAAAAAAUAUUUUGAUGAUAAUGCUCGAAAUCAAUCGUAUGAAAUGAUUGCUAAUAUUCGAAAAGCAUUUAUUGAUAUGCUUGAAGAUUCAACAUGGAUGGAUAGUAUGUCAAAAACUAAAGCCAUAGAAAAAGCUUUAGCUAUUGAUGAAAAAAUUGGAUAUCCAGACUAUUUAGCUAGUGAUAAUGUUACACAGUUAGAAAUACAAUAUGCUGACUAUGUCUUCGAUUCAUCUUUUAUCAAUAAUAUCUUCAAAUUACUUCAAAUAAAAGCCAAAGAAGAAUUUCAAGUUCUUCGAAAACAUGUUAAUCACAAAGGAUGGGGUUCUUCUCCACCGACUGUUGUUAAUGCUUUUUAUACACCAUCAAAAAAUCAAAUUACUUUUCCAGCUGGUAUUCUGCAAAUGCCAUUUUUUCAUAAAGAUGCACCAAAAUAUUUGAAUUAUGGUGGUAUUGGAGUUGUGAUUGGACAUGAAAUAACUCAUGGAUUUGAUGAUAGUGGUCGUCAAUUUGAUAAAGAUGGAAAUCGAAUUCCAUGGUGGACACAUGAGACAAUAGAAAAAUUUAUUGAACGUAAAACAUGUAUUGUUGAUCAAUAUAGUAAUUUUACUGUGCCAAACCUUAAUAUCCAUGCAAAUGGGAAUCAAACACAAGGUGAAGAUAUUGCUGAUAAUGGUGGAUUACGUGAAGCUUUUUACGCUUAUCAAAAAUUCACACAAGCUAAUCCAGAUGCUGACAAAAGACUGCCAGGUCUUUCAAAAUAUUCACCUACACAAAUGUUUUUCAUUAAUUAUGCACAUACAUGGUGUACAAAAAUGACUGAUUCAUAUGCACUUAAUCGUGUUCUAUCCGAUGUUCAUUCAUUAGGACAAUUCAGAGUCAUUGGUCCUACAUCAAAUUUUGCUGAAUUUGAUCGAGCAUUCGAUUGUAAACCGGGUCAAGGAAAUAGUCGAGUGAAAAAAUGUACUGUAUGGUAA